AUUGGAACGAUGAAUUGCAUCAAGUGUGAAUCAAAGUGCUCAGAGUUGAAUAUAGACAUUCUCGUAGUUGAAUCAUAUAUCAUGAAAUGAUCCGCUGUUCCUGUUAUCUGUUAUAAUAUUUGAGUUGAGUGACAAAAAAUCAAUUCCAAAGUUGAUAAUUGGAAUAACUGAAAAUGUGGAUGCUAUUCUUAUGGUUGAUUCUGCUCAUCUGUUUGAAUAUAUCGUAUGGAAUACAAAUGAUAUGUCCAUACGAGAUACACGAACAAAGUAAACAAGUGAUUAUCAGAUGUGAAAAUGUCAAGUUCGCUGAUAAUGAACCUCUCAAAUAUCAAGAACCAUCUCGUGCAUUUCAAGAUUAUCAGAAAGCCUUAGAAAUAGUUAAUACGACCAUACCAGUAUUGAAAUUCACGAAUAAUACUUUUACUGCCUUUGCUAACUUCACUGUGCUCAACGUCAGCCAUGCUGGAUUAGAGAGAAUAGAACCAGAUGCUUUUUUCGACAUGAGGAAGAUAGAAAUACUAUAUCUGACUUACAAUAAUAUAUCCUCAGUAGAUUCAAGUUACUUCGAUAGUUUGGAGGUGUUGAAGAAUCUUGAUUUAUCUAAUAAUCUCAUAACGAACAUUGAUCAAAAUGCUUUUUCGAAAGUGAAACUGUUGACCACGCUGAAUUUGUCUUCGAACUCCUUGAAAUUAUUGGGUUCUUUCAGUUCAUAUGGGCUGUAUAGUGUUAAAGUUAUGGACUUGUCUAGCAAUGGUUUGUCUUCAAUCGAUCUCGGUCACAUAAAUGAAUCUCUAGAAGUGUUGACGUUGAUUCAUAACCAAAUAAAUACUGUUUUGGGUCGUGGCAACUCUACUAGUUCAAGUUUAUCAAAUUUAUCACUGAAUGCGAAUAAUAUUGGACACCUACAAGGCGAUUGUUUCGAUAAUUUAGAUAAUUUGAAACAUUUGGAUUUAUCAUUCAAUAAUUUAGAUUCUCUUCCUGAAGACCUUUUCUCCAGUUUGAAUCGUAUUCGUUAUUUAAAUCUAUCGGGAAAUGCUAUAGAGGAACUCCCAAGUGGAAUCUUUGAUAGCUCAUUUUAUUUGCAGUCACUAGAUGUUUCGAAAAAUGCGUUAUCCGAUUUGAAAUGUGAUGCUGGAACAUGGCAUAAUUUAUAUGAGCUGAAUAUCCAGCAUAAUCUGAUUAGUCAUAUAGAUGUACAAGGUAUUGUGGAAAACGCAACUCAUUUGAAGUAUGUUGCCUUGGAUGGCAAUAAUUUCGAUUGUGAUUAUCUUCUAGAAGUUAUCAAACUUUUUUCUGACAAUGAUGUUACUGUGCGGAAAGGCAAUUCCAUUGAUGCUGUGAAUGUCGACGGUAAUAUUUGUUACGAGAAAGUUAAAAUUUCCUCGAAUUAUAAAUCAAGUAUCUUGGUUACAGUUCUCACUAUACUAGUUGUAGUUAUUGUAAUUCUUGUCGUGCCGUGGAUUGUGAAAUAUUAUAAAUAUAUCAAGGCCAAAAGGACAAGAGGAGAGCAACUUGAAUUACUUUGAAUUCAAGAAAACAGUAAAACAUAUUCAAAAUUCUAUAGGGGAAGAGUUUCAUUUCAAACUAUUCUCUGUCACUUUGGGUAUAAUAAUUGGAUACCUAUUUUAAUAAAUUAAUUCGCCCAAGCCGUCGUCGAUGAGGGUGUCAUGUACCACAUCUAGAGAAGUUUCUUUUUUAUAUAAAUGUCUUGAGCUCGACUGGAUUGUCUUUCAUACAUCUCUAAAAAGCCAUCAAUGAUUAAUCAUUGGAACUCGCUAGCUGUUUCAAUUUCAAUCAGUUAUUUCGUAAACGUAUCGCCUAUUUAUUUAUUCAUCUAUCCCAUGCAUAAUCAUUUAGCACCAUCGUAUAAAAUAUUUAAUGUGAAAUGUCAGAAAUUCUACUCUUUUGCAGUGUCUCAAUAAAAUUUUAGCAGAUACCACUUCAUUUCCAGUUGAAUAAAAACGUAUAGAUUU